CACAUUCCUGCGCUACAAAUGCUGACCCAGUACUUCCUGUCCUUGGAUAUUUUGAACCGUCUGUGUAUAUGGCCACACAAUCCUGAUACACAGUAUCCAGACGACUAUUUGAACAAAUCAGCUGGCUCAACACCCUCCCUAUCUAUCUGUAGUCUCUCCAAUACUUAUAGAUCUACAACUGGAGGAAGGAGUAGCCAUGGUGGAUUUACAGGAAUAGCUACUGUGUCACAAGACACUCUACGUACACUUUUCUAUAAGCGAAAAUGGAUUGGUCACUUUGCUGUGAUUGCCUUACUUUGAUUGGUUAGCACGCUUCCUUGAUACAACGUAGCUUCAUCCUCGUCGUUGUAGCACAGCUAGCUAAAUGAAACUGAAAAUAUUGCCAUUGAGGAAACAAAUUCGAUUGAUUGACAAACCAAUCCCAGAGAGUCAAGUGUACAGAACCAGCACAGCAGAUUACUGCUUAACGUUCAUCUGUGUCAGUGUCAACAGUCUGAGGCCUACCUACCUACCUGUCUAAGGAACAUUAGAGAUUGACUGAGACAACAGUAAGGUUUGACCACAGGGGUCAGAAGGGCUGAAGAUGGCUGGGUUCCUGGACAACUUCCGCAUGCCAGAGUGUGAGUGCAUCGAUUGGGGGGAGAGGAGAAAUACCCUUGCAUCCAUCGUCGCCGGAGUCCUGUUCUUCACUGGUUGGUGGAUCAUUAUUGAUGCAGCCGUGUCCUACACAACCCAGGAGAUGAACCCUGCCUUCCACUCGUGUGGAGUCUUCGCCACUAUAGCCUUCUUCAUGAUCAAUGCAGUGUCUAAUGGCCAGGUGCGAGGUGAUGCCUAUGGAGAGGGCUGCUUCGGCAGGACCGGAGCUCGUCUUUGGCUGUUCAUCGGUUUCUUGAUGAUGUUCGGCUCCCUCAUCGCUUCCAUCUGGAUCCUGUUUGGAGGAUAUGUGGUUCCCAAGAAAGACGUGUAUCCAGGACUGGCAGUGUUCUUUCAGAAUGCUCUGAUAUUUUUCAGCACGCUGGUCUACAAGUUUGGACGAACCGAGGAUUUGUGGGCUUAGAGCUCUCUGCAUAGUACAUCCCUAACCCCAACACACACACACACACAUACACUCACUCGCUGGGGUACUAUCGUUGUUUUUACCAGAGUCAAGGCCAACUGACUAAUACCACUCAGCUCUCAUCUACAAUGUUCAAUAUAGUAGCAUAUGUAUUACCAUUAUACGCCUACCUAUGAACAUUGGAGUAAUGUACUGUGUCAAACUAGCCUCUGCCGAGUAUAGGCAAUUCUUUUUCUCCGCUUAUCUUUCAUGUAGUCUUGAUUAGAGGAAUUAUAAUGUCUUAGAUUGGCAUUCCUUAGAGGUACCCUUCCAUAACUGGGCCCUGAAGUUCAGCCAUAUUCACAUACUGGACAUUAGAUUUAUGCUUUUGACUAAAACAGUUUUACAGUGUCGUAACGCUGUAUGUUGAUAGACGGUGGGAAAAUUCACACUUUGUCAAAUGUAAUCAUGACAUUGGUUUCAUAUUUAUCACCCCCAUAUUCCAGAGCACCUCUGAAGUAUUAUUGUUUUACCCUCAAGUGAUUUACCAUCUCCCAAAUAUUGUUUAUUUAUGUAAAUACAUAUAUUGUAAGAGCUAGAGGCCUUCACGUGUCCAAAAAGUUGGACCUGGGGAUUUUCUACCCGGACCCGAUAUGCAUAAUUUUGUUUUUUUUAAUAUAGAGACCUGUUCCGUAUAGACCUGGUCAGAUCCAGAUCCAGUGCUGUGUGUUCGUGGCUACUGUGAGUGAGGGAGUGAUGACGUGGAGGAGUGAGAGAGAGACAACAGACCGCAACCAACCAAGCCGUCUCGCGCUAUAGUAGACUAAUAGCUGGUAUA